GUUCCCCUGCUUUCGUUCCAUCGCUUUCACCCUGCCCCUGCGCUGUAUUUCGAAAUCUCUUCUCCCUCUUCCUCUCUCUCGCCGGUCCCCCUUCUCUCUCUCUCUCUCUCUCUCUCUCUCUCUCGCAUUAAAUGCGGGCGCCUCAGCAGUAGCAAACCAGUUCCCCUUCCCCUCCGUCUCAGGUUUAAUCUCUCUCUAACUAUCCGGUCCCCCUUCCCUCUCUCUCUCUCUCUCUCUCUCUCUCGACCUGCACAGUAUCUGCGUCUUCGUCUUCCACGGCAUUUCCAUUCCACGGCAAUGUUGACUUCGUCUCCACUUGCACUUCCAGCUAUUUCUCCUUCCCUGCCCUUCCAUUGACACUUCGUUCGCCUCAAACUCAUUACUUCUGUAUCGCCACAGCCACAGCCACAGCUGCUCGUUCCUUCUCUGCACUAACUCUUCGUUUUCAAGAUCGAGCCUGCUCGAGCUCACUAUCAGAUCUGAGAUUCCGGAAAAAGGCCCAAGUACUGAAUUUAUGAAGCCAUGGAGUUGUUCGUUUGAUUGAUUGUUUGCCAGCUGUGGAGUUGAGUCGGCUUUCGUAGGGCUGUGCAUGGGGAUAAGAGGUGGAUGUACUCGGCGGUGUUGAGGUGAUUGGUUCAGGAGAUCUCUGUUUUAGGGCUUUGAGUUGGUGAAAUGGAGGGCCGGCCGAAGAAGUUCCGGCAGCUGAGUCCGGAUAGGGCGAAAGUUUGGACGGAGAGAUCGUCGAAGUACCACCAGGCUCGGAAAGUCCCCGUGGUUUACUACCUCUGCAGAAAUCGGCAGCUCGAGCAUCCUCAUUUCAUCGAAGUCCCACUCUCCUCGCCGGACGGCCUCUACUUGAGAGAUGUGAUUGAUAGGCUUAAUGGUCUGCGAGGCAGGGGCAUGGCUUCUAUGUACUCAUGGUCGUGCAAGAGAAGCUACAAGAACGGGUUUGUUUGGCAUGAUCUCAGUGAGGAUGACUUAAUUUUUCCUGCCCAUGGAAAUGAAUAUGUUCUCAAGGGGUCUGAACUCUUUGAUGCAUGCAAUACAGGUCAUUUUAGCCCUGCUGGAAAUAUAAAAUUGCUGAAUCCAAAACAACUACCAGAACCGGCACCUUCAAGGAGUCAUGAUGAUUCUUCAUCUUCUUCAAGCAUGAACGGGAGAGAUACAAAGCAUUCUCCAGAUAAUGAGCUUUCUCCUCCAGCUCAAUGUCCCGGAUCAUCAUCUGAUGUGUCACCUGAGUCUAGGAAUGGGAAAAGUUCCCCUUGGAGUGGUUCUCUGAGCUUGACAGGAUACAAGGUUUACAAGAGCAAAGGUCUGGCUGAUGCUUCGACUCAGACUGAGGAGAAUGCAAGUGGAACUAAUAAAAAUCGAGAAACUUGCACUAGAGGUGUUUCAACAGAUGAUGGAUCACUUGAACUGGAGAAUAAUGACUCUCAAGAUCGAGGUACAGGAAUAAAAGAGACUUUUGCUGUUUCUGGGGAUACAAUUUCCCCACCUCCAUCUUCAUCCAGUGCAUCUUCAUCAGGCGGGAAGACUGAGACAUUAGAAUCUCUUAUCCGAGCUGAUGCUAGUAAAAUCAACAGCUUUAGGAUACUAGAAGAGGAGGAAUAUCGAAUGCCAUCUAACUCGAAGCUUAGGGCCUCAAACAUGUUUAUGCAACUGAUUUCAUGUGGCUCAAUUUCAGUGAAGGAUCACAGUUUUGGCCUCAUCCCUACCUACAGGCCAAGAUUUUCGCAUUCCAAAUUUCCCUCCCCAUUGUUCUCAACUUCACUGAUGUUGGGGGAACUUGAUUGCCUGACAGAGAACCGAAGGCUUAUGGGCCUGAGGUUGGAAGACAAGGAAUACUUCAGCGGCAGCUUGGUUGAGACAAAUAUGCUUAAGGAAGAAGGAAAUGGCCUUACUGCUCUCAAAAGAUCUUCUUCCUACAACACUGACAGAUGGUUACACAGGAGUUGCAAGGAAUUGGGCUCAGACACUGACAAGGAGGAGGCAACAUUGUUACGUUCAAAGUGCAUCCCACUGGGAAUCAAAGCUUCACAGGGUAAGCAGCCAAGAAGCGAAUCAAUGAGAUCCCCUGUUCCAGAUGGACCGAGGAUAUCCUCCGAUGGAGUGGACAGCUCACGAUCAAUAGCACCAAGCACAUCCAAUGGCAGCAGCAGGAGAAUCACAGAGCCAUCUCCAGAGAAGAAACAGCUAACAAAACUCGACUACUGUCCAGGAGAGGAGAAGGUGAUCAAAAUUGAAGAAAGCUUGCUUCAGGAGCUCGGGUUAUAAUUCAAUCCGCAGCACCUUGUGAGUCGUGGCACUAAUGGCUACUUUCUAGAUAACGUUUUUGGUGCUUUUGGAGCUUUGGCAAUGGAUCUCAUCUUCCCACCCACCCACCCAUGUACGCAAACAUUUUCAUUCUGCAACUGCCCGAAACUGUUUUAACUUCCAAUGCAAUGCGAGUAGUUGAUUUUGUAAAUUUGAAAUAGAGUAAAUAGAAGAGCAAGUCCCUUAUUUGCCUUGGCGGGUGGCCAAUAUCACUAACUUAACAGCAAUUUAUCAAUUU